AUGGGGGAUGCAGGACCAUUACAAGAGUCCUCAACGCUCCGAGUAGCCAUCGUCGGCGGUGGUCCGGCUGGUCUUGGCGCGGCCAUUGCUCUCUCAGCCUUGCCGAACAUCCAAGUCUCGCUCUUCGAACAAGCCAAGGAACUUCGCGAGAUCGGCGCAGGGAUCCGUAUUGGAUACAAUUGCUGGAGAGUGCUUGAGUUAUUGGGCGCCGCCGAGGACGUCAAAGGUCACCACAAGACCUCCAUUAUACACCGAAACGGCCUCACUGGCGAGCUAGUAAAGCAAACUGGUCCCGUCGAUCUGCCGUUGAGAUACCAGCCACGACGGGUGCGGAGGACUCGCCUGCAAUCCGCGUUAAGAGCCCAAGUUGCUCCGGGCAUCAUUCAAUUAAACAAACGGCUAUUGUCGCUGGAGGAUUUGGGCGACAGUGGCGUGAGACUGACGUUCCAAGACGGCACGAUUGCGGAAGCGGACCUUGUCGUUGGGAGUGAUGGCAUUCGAUCUGUAGUAAGGGAUCAUAUAUUCCCAGAACACAAGAUCAGGUUUACAGGCACUACGAUAUGGCGCGUCAUAAUCCCCGUAUCGAAAAUCUCGAAUGUUCCCGAACUUACCGUCUCGACGUCUUGGUGGCACGGUCCGUCGGGCCAUGUAUACCAUUCCUUCGUCGAUGAUCCGGACGAGACGCCGGAAGAAGAGCGCUACAUCGAGAUAGCCGCCAGGAACGUCGUCGAUCCGGCUACCGUGACCGGGAAGACGUUCAGUUGGGGUAUCCCUGCCACGAACGAACGAGUCCAGUCGCACUUUGAGGACUACGACGCUCGAAUCCGCGAAUUCCUCGCCCAAGUGCCCGAAGGCCAAUGGAAAGAGUUCGCAGCCUUCGCUGGGCCCAGGCUGGACAGAUUGACAGGCUGGGACAAAGUCGUAUUGUUAGGGGACGCGAGUCAUCCACUGUCUGGGGCAUUUGGAUCCGGUGCCGCAUUCGCCCUGGAAGACGGCUGGAUCCUCGCGCGAACCAUCGAACACGCAUAUGCCCAAGGGGGGGCCACCUCGACCUCGCAACCGUUGAGCAAAGCACUCGACGUGUUCGACCGCAUACGGUCACCGUAUUAUUCGAGAAUGUACCAAUACCUCGACGGUCUGAAGCAAAAGACAUCUCGGCCCAAAGACUCAAACGCAACGUUCGCAUCGACCUUGAAAUCGCGGAUCGAAGCGUUUGGAGGCGAAGAGGCCCUGCCGUGGAUAUACCGUAACGACAUCGAGGGCGUUUGGCGCGACUUUGUCCUCGCCGAGCAGGCAGAAGCUCCCCAAGUCAGUCCCGCAGGAGAAGCGGUGUCCGGCUGA